AUUUUAUAACGUGAAAACGCCCACGUUCGUGCACACAACACGAUUAAUCUCUUUGUUUAAUGUAAUGGAAUACAGCCAGUUGAAGAUAUUCGUGGUCUCCGGCAGCACAUUACUUUUACGAGCAGAGCUCGCUCCCCUUUAAAGAGACUGGUGGUCUAAACCUCGUGAUGUAUCAGCAGCAUAGCAACGCUGUUCACCGCUUCCGCAUUGACUACACUCCUCUCUGUCGAUGCGGGAGAAUGAAUAACUCUAAAUGUGCCAUUACGCACAGACGACGGAGACCAACGCGCAUUAUACGAUGUAUAUACGUGGUGGGAUUCAUGGACCUCUUUGGGGUCAGUAUGAUUAUCCCUUUGCUGAGUCAUCAUGUAAAAUAUCUGGGAGCAAGUCCUACAGUGGCUGGGAUUGUAGGAUCUACUUAUGGUGUAUUACAACUUUUCUCUAGCACUUUGGUGGGAAGUUGGAGUGAUGUGGUUGGGAGGCGCUAUUCACUACUGACGUGCCUUUUGCUGAGUGCCUUCGGAUAUGGCCUGCUGGGUCUGUCCACCAGUAUUGCGCUCUUUGUGCUGGCCAGGAUACCAGUGGGGCUCUUCAAGCACUCACUGUCUAUCUGCCGAGCGCUGCUGUCUGAUCUUGUGACGGAGAAAGAGCGUCCUCUAGUGAUGGGCCACUUUAAUGCCGCCUCAAGCGUGGGCUUCAUACUGGGACCCGUGGUUGGUGGAUCUCUUACUGAACACGAGGGAGGCUUCUACUUAUCCUCAUUCGUCUGUGCUGCCAUUUUCCUUCUAAAUGCAGGUUUGGUCUGGAUCCUACCAUGGAGUGAGACACUUAAUCACUGUAUUGAUGCAAACGCUAACGGCAAACCCAAAACCAGCAAAGCCUACGACAGCCUAAAUAAUUCUGUCCAGCGGAACUGCUCAGAAAAAAACCACCUCCGGCAUCCAGACGCAUCAGCAGUUGGCAGUAGGGAACAUGGGGGCUGGAGCUGGACGAACAUGUCCAUCGUCCAGCCUGCCUGGAGACAAUUAACCUCAGUGUGGAUUCGCAUCCAAAUGGUGGCAUCCUCAGACAUGUGGGACGUCUUCCUAGUGCGCCUUCUUAUGGCUCUAGCCAUAAUGCUAUACUACAGUAACUUCUCCUUGGCCAUGGAAGAGCGUUUUCAACUCAAACCAAAGAUCACAGGAUAUCUGAUCAGCUACAGCAGUAUGUUGGGAGCCCUUGCUGGGUUUUUAGUGGGCCCCGUUACAAACCUAUAUGGUAGCAACAUGUCUGCUUUAUUAUUGCACUCUACUGUACUCACCUGCACUUUGAUCUUCCUAUAUGCAGCUGCACCAAAUGUAUGGCAAGUUGUGCUUACCUCCACAUUUUUUGCCAUUUCUACCACAAUCGGACGCACUUGCAUCACCGACUUGGAGCUUCAGCGUGGAGGAUCCCAAGCUAGUGGGACGUUAAUUGGAGCAGGACAGUCAGUCACCGCUGUGGGACGGGUUUUGGCACCACUUCUUUCUGGAUUGGCUCAAGAAUUCAGUCCAUGUGGACCUCCUAGUUUGGGGGUCAUAUUGGCACUUUUAGCUGUGGGUUUGCUACUCAUGAGGACUCCUAAAUGGCACAGCAAGACUAAGGUUAAAGACAAGAGUGCCUAACAGUCAAGUGAUCAGCACUCAAACUGAAAGAAAGACUAAGGACUGUAAUGGCAGCAGUCUUUUUUUCUCUCAGGCGAUGUGAAGUAUUGGAUCUGUAUACCAGCUACUGAAUGUCAAUGUGAGACGUGUUCCUCCAGGGUGCCGUGCUAAAAGAAGGCAACUGACAGAGUCUUAAAAGAUAAAUGUUUAUAUCAGAAUAUUUUAAAAGCACCCGAUAUGGGAUAUUCGUUGCUUCCUGGCCAAAUUUUGGACUAGUAGUCACUUAUAAAUUAUGAAGGAUACUACUGAUUGACUUCCAAGUUGUUGGAGGGAGAAAUGUAUCUUCAAGUACAUGGAGUUUACCUCACGGUGGCACUGAGCCCUUUAAAACCACUAUUCAAAAUGCUUCCCAAUUGUAGUUACCCCAGAGUCUAGCAAUAAUGCUUUCUGUAAACCAGAGAUUUGAGAAAAUACUGGGUACACUACCAUCACAAUAUUGGGGUCAGUAUGAUUUUAGGUUUCAUAUAAAUGCUGUUGUUUUGAACUUUCUAUUCACGAAAGACCACAGAGUUCCCUUUUGAGGGAGCUUGUUGUGCUGCAUCAGAAGUGACGACAUUUCAGGGGAAAAAAACUGCAUAAUUGCAUCAUGAGGCACUUGUAAAAUCAGUCAAAUAGUGUUGCAGGACGUGGUACAUAACUACCCUGUACCUGUGAACCUACCCUGUGCCAAUAAAGCACACCCUUUAGACGCCACCACAAGACGGGUUGCUCGAAGGAAGCCAAGCAGGGUUGAGCCUGGUUAGUAUCUGGAUGGGAGAUCACACUGAAAACAAGGUUGCUGUUGAUGCUUGUGAGGGCAGCUGUGUUUACCUUAAAGUCUCUGUGGGUUCUAAACAAUGACUGUAAAAAAUAAGGACGAUGCGACAGCCCUUUUUCCCAUUGAACGCCUUGAGGGCAAAACGCC